CGAUCUCAGUGAACGGAGCCGCGGUCGGUAUGCACCCCCAUCACACACAUCCUCGGCCCGUGAAGCGGAGACCGACGGCCAACCGUAAGGAGAGGCGGCGGACCCAGAGCAUCAACUCGGCCUUUGCGGAGCUGAGGGAGUGUAUCCCCAACGUCCCGGCCGACACUAAGCUGUCCAAGAUCAAGACUCUGCGGCUGGCCACCAGCUACAUCUCCUACCUGAUGGACAUCCUGGACAAGGACGGACAGCACGGAGACACGCAGGCUUUUAAAGCCGAGCUGAAGAAAACGGAGGCCCGGGAGGAGCGGAGGAAGAGAGAGCCGGUGGAGAUCCCUAAGGCAACAUCGUCAUCAUCGUCAUCCUCCUCAUCAGCGGGCGAUAAGAAGAGUAAAGGACGGACAGGAUGGCCUCAACAUGUCUGGGCUCUGGAACUCAAACAGUAGCGCCCCCCCCCCCCCCCCCCCCCCCCCCCCCCCCCCCCCCCCCCCCCCCCCCCCCCCCCCCCCCCCCCUCGCUCCCUCGCUCCAUCCUGCGAGCUGAUAGCACCCUUACCCUGCUCCAGCUCAGCCCUCGAAGAGAGUGAUGUUGGGACAUUGAUGACGAACUGUAAUGGCAGUCAUCGUCACCUCUCUGGAGCGCGAGGCUGUUAGCGCCGUUCCCCUCACCGUGGUGAGACACCAAGUACAGUUAUUAUAGUUGGAGUUCGUCAUAGAACAUAACUUCAGAUUGAUAACUCCCCCACCGUUCAUCACGCGGUUUGCUUCCGUGUCAGGGUUGGA